CCUUCUUCCGUUUCAGAAAGCCUCAGCCACCUCUCUCGUAUUUUUAGCUUUUUCUAACUUUGCUCUUUGCAAGAAGUUACCAUUGCUCUUUAGCCCCCCCUGCUAGCUUUUUCUUUUCUCUCCGAACCCUACUUUAUUCCCUCUUGAACUCAACCCUAAAAAGAAGACGAUCCUCCUUGUGUUCACAAACAACAGCCUCUCCCUUUAUCUCUCUCUCUCUCUCUCCAACCCACUUGAAAACUCAGAACCUAGAAAGCAAGAGUCCGAACACCCGCCCUCUUUUGCUGUUUUUGUUCCUGCAUAUGCUAUUCCUAUUGUAGCAUGAACGUUAACAACAACCCAAGGCUUGUUGAGUAGAGAGAGUUCCUUGCUGUGCGAGAAAAGACAGAUUAGUAACUAUGGCAUCUCCAUCAGAACUCAGCCUGGAUUGCAAGCCCCACAGCUAUUCUAUGCUAUUGAAAUCUUUUGGAGAACAGAAUGACCAGACCCAAAAGCUUGAAGAGUUUCUCUCUCUCCUUGAAGAAGAAAGGCUAAAGAUAGAUGUUUUCAAACGCGAGCUACCCCUUUGCAUGCAACUUCUAACCAAUGCUGUGGAGACGUCGAGGCAGCAACUACAAGCCUAUAGAGCAAAUCAAGUGCCCACACCAGUUCUUGAAGAAUUCAUUCCUCUCAAAACACCAACAUCUGAAGCCCUAGAGAAGACAACAAACAUUUCUGAUAAGGCAAACUGGAUGACAACAGCACAACUUUGGAGCCAAGACAGCAAUGAAUCCAAACCACAGACCACAUUGACAUCCCCAAAACAAACUGAUAUAGGAUUCAAUGUUAGUUCCAAGCUGGCCUUAGAUACCAAACAAAGAAAUGGAGGAGCUUUCCUUCCAUUCUCAAAAGAAAGAAACUUGUGUCCAAGCCCAACCCUAGCUCUUUCUUCAACUGAUAAACACAUGGAAUUCGAUCAUAAAAAAUGCUCAGAAGCUGAGAAUGGAUUUUCUUGUCCAAAAAGAGAAAGUUCUGGUAAUAAGAUUGGCAAUGGUGGGGUUGUGAUUGAGCAAGCAAAAGGAGCUGUUAAUAAUUCUUCAUCUGAUGGCCAAGCAACAAACACUGCAACUGCUUCUACUACAUCUACCACCCAGACUCAUAGAAAAGCAAGGAGAUGUUGGUCGCCUGACUUACACCGCAGAUUUGUCAAUGCUCUUCAUAUGCUUGGUGGUUCUCAAGUGGCCACCCCAAAACAAAUCAGGGAACUCAUGAAGGUUGACGGUUUGACCAAUGAUGAAGUUAAAAGCCAUCUGCAGAAAUAUAGGCUUCAUACAAGGCGACCCAGUCCAAGCCCACAAGCAGCGGGAGCCCCACCACCACAACUUGUGGUCCUGGGUGGCAUAUGGGUCCCCCCUGAGUACGCCACGGCAGCGGCAGCGGCUCAUAGUGGGGGGCCCACCCUCUAUGGCGCCCACCAAGCUUCCCAUGCACCGCCACCUCACUUCUGUGCUGCACCACCUGUGUCCCAAGACUUCUACACUGCAGCUGCGACACCUCCACCACCACUUCACCACCACACCCUCUACCACCAACUCCACUUGUACAAGCCCACUGCACAGGCCCAUAGCUCCCCGGAGUCGGAUGUCAGGGGCACUAGGGACAGGUCUGAGAGCAUUGAAGAUGGCAAGUCAGAAAGCAGCAGCUGGAAGGGCGAGAGUGGUGAAAAUGAUGGUGGAGAGAGAAGAGGGCUGGCGGCUCUGAGAGAAGAUUGUGAAGAGAGCAAUGGGAGUGAGAUCACUCUCAAGUUUUAGACCUCUCCGGUGUGUAGGGUUAGAGUUAGGGUUAGGGCUAGGGUUUUAGCUUUAUUUGCACAUGACGUCGAUCUAACUUGCUAUAUGCUACUUAGUAGCAUGUAGUAUGCUAUGUUUCAUUCUAUUCCAUAUUUGUCAAAUAUCUUGAGAGCUAAUGUAAAAAAGGGCAUGACGAGAAAAGAGAGUGUUUGUUGCUUUUCCUUCUAUAUUAUCAUAACAAUAAUAUAUAUGAUCCUAUUAAUCAGAAAGGAAAAGCUUUGGAGAUU